AGCUUGUGAUACAGAACCAAAAAGAAAAUGCAAAGCAGACAUGCCCCAUUGAGCCUUUGUGGAAGGGGUGUGAGUUCCCAGCAUGCCUGGCUCCCAAAGGUCACCUUUCAGUGACCCUUUCUCCUCUCUCUGCCUUUGCGUUUACAUUUUGAACAAUUUUUAUUAAAUUUUUUUUGACCUUCUUCUUGACUAUACUGUGUUUACUGAAUACACCUGUGUCACUAGCACCCUAUGUAAGAACUGGGAUAUUAAUAGCACCCUAGAACCCUUACCUUAGCUUUAAAGUCAGUCUUGUAAUUCUCCAAGCGCUUGGCUUUUGGUUUCUGUUUCCACUUGAGGCGUAAAUAACAAAAUUUAACCACAUUGGUGCCCUGCCCUAACUUUUCUGAAACUGUGUGCCUUUAAAUUUAGGGUGGAUUUCCCCUUUUCAGGCUUCCAUCCCUUAAACUAACUAGACCUGGCAAGGCUUCUCUCCCCCGGCAGGUAGCACACGGCUUCCUUUGGUGAAACUGCCUGUGGUGGUUGGCAUAUUAUGAUUGGUUUUGGCUAAUGCCUCUGCUGAAAGCCCCACAUUCUGCCAGGCCUGUGGGAACUGAGGGCAGGUAGAGGUGGGAGGCACAGAUGCCCUGCUGGUGACCUCUGAGUCCCUGUGAACACUCGCAGGAUCUGUUGAUCUCUCUCUGGGAAAGGUGAAACAGCAACAGAGUGACUGUGAUCGCUGAGCAGAAACUGUUCCAGCCCAGCCCUGUGGAUCAUGAGACUGUUGGCCGUAGCUCCAUAGACCUCUGCUCUGUUGGCCUUGACACAUGCUGUGGACACCGGGUCCUUUCUGUGCAGGGACGAGUGCCUAGGCAGUGCGGGUCCCAGGACUGUUUCCUUCAGAGUGUGGCCUACAGCUGGUUCUUCUCUUGAUGCUUGGUGGUUUCCCUGGAGCUGAAGACCUACCCUUUAGUCAGAGGGGUGGUGAGUGGCUGGGCCACAGAGGAGCUGGCACAGCCAUUGUCACAGAAGAGCAUGCAGCCAUGUGGACUGAUGGGCGCUACUUUCUCCAGGCUGCCAAGCAGAUGGACAGCAACUGGACACUCAUGAAGAUGGGUCUGAAGGACACGCCAACUCAGGAAGACUGGCUGGUGAGUGUACUUCCUGAAGGAUCCAGGGUUGGUGUGGACCCGUUGAUCAUUCCUACAGAUUACUGGAAGAAGAUGGCCAAGGUCCUAAGAGGCGCUGGCCACCACCUUAUUCCUGUCAAGGAGAACCUCGUGGACAAAAUCUGGACAGACCGUCCUGAGCGCCCAUGCAAGCCUCUCCUCACCCUGGGCCUGGAUUACACAGGUAUCUCCUGGAAGGAAAAGGUUGCAGACCUUCGGUUGAAAAUGUCCGAGAGGAACGUCGUGUGGUUUGUGAUCACUGCACUGGAUGAGAUUGCGUGGCUGUUCAAUCUGCGAGGAUCAGAUGUGGAGCACAAUCCGGUAUUUUUCUCCUAUGCAAUCAUAGGACUGGAGACCAUCAUGCUGUUCAUUGACGGCGACCGCAUAGACGACCCCAAUGUGAAGGAACACCUGCUUUUUGACUUGGGCCUGGAAGCUGAAUACAGAAUCCAGGUUGUUCCCUACAAGUCAAUCCUGAGCGAGCUCCAGGCCCUGUGUGCUGACCUCUCCCCGAGGGAGAAGGUGUGGGUCAGCGACAAGGCCAGCUAUGCCGUGAGCGAGGCCAUCCCCAAGGAUCAUCGCUGCUGUAUGCCUUACACCCCUAUCUGCAUCGCUAAAGCUGUGAAGAACUCAGCCGAGUCAGAAGGCAUGAGGCGAGCCCAUAUUAAAGAUGCCAUUGCCCUCUGUGAACUCUUUAACUGGCUGGAGAAAGAGGUUCCCAAAGGUGGUGUGACAGAGAUCUCAGCUGCUGACAAAGCUGAGGAAUUUCGUAGGCAACAGGCUGACUUUGUGGACCUGAGCUUCCCAACGAUUUCCAGUACGGGACCCAACGGCGCCAUCAUUCACUAUGCGCCAGUCCCUGAGACAAAUAGGACCUUGUCCCUGGAUGAGGUGUACCUCAUUGACUCGGGUGCUCAAUACAAGGAUGGAACCACAGAUGUGACCCGGACCAUGCAUUUUGGGACCCCUACAGCCUAUGAGAAGGAAUGUUUCACGUAUGUCCUCAAGGGUCACAUAGCUGUGAGCGCAGCCGUUUUCCCGACUGGAACCAAAGGCCACCUUCUUGACUCCUUUGCUCGCUCAGCCUUAUGGGAUUCUGGCCUGGAUUACCUGCAUGGAACAGGACAUGGUGUUGGGUCUUUUCUGAAUGUUCACGAGGGUCCUUGUGGCAUCAGUUAUAAAACGUUCUCUGAUGAGCCUUUGGAGGCAGGCAUGAUUGUCACUGACGAGCCAGGCUAUUAUGAAGAUGGGGCCUUUGGAAUUCGCAUUGAGAAUGUUGUCCUGGUGGUUCCUGUGAAGACCAAGUACAACUUCAAUAACCGGGGAAGCAUGACCUUUGAACCUCUAACUUUGGUUCCAAUACAGACCAAAAUGAUAGAUGUGGAUUCUCUUACAGACAAAGAGUGUGACUGGCUCAACAAUUACCACCUGACCUGCAGAGACGUGAUUGGGAAGGAGCUGCAGAAGCAGGGCCGCCAGGAGGCCCUCGAGUGGCUCAUCAGGGAGACUCAGCCCAUCUCCAGACAGCAUUAAUACCUCCCUCGUUUUGUCUUUGUAAAAACCUCUGGGGAAAGGGAGAAAUGUGGCAGACCCUGGCCAUCGUUCUCCUCUCCUCUCCUUCCUCCCUGCAUCCCCUUUUUACUUUUAGA